UGGAACCUGGUUCUAAAGAACUGCAAAAGUUUAAAAGACAACUUAAAUUGAACGAUUUGACCUCUAUUCUAAUUAAAAACUCGUGUAGUUAAAUUCGUUUAUUGAUAAAGUUAAAAUGAUAAUUCGUACAAAUAAAAUUAUGAAUUUGUAAAGCUUAUAUCAUGAAUUUAUAUAGUUAAAACCAUGAAUUCAAGCUGUAAAUAAAUUUAUGAAGUUAAAUUUCCUUACAAGUCUUUCGUAUUAAAAUUUUAUGAAUAUGUGCAAAUUCGUUAUAUUUGUCUUACUGUUUUCUGAUAAUGGGGCUAAAACGUUGAUAUCUAUAUGCAAAAAUGUUUUGUUUGUCUUUCAUUCAUAAUCAUUUUAAUUCUUUUUAGGGAACAUCGUGUUUGUCUCUGGUCUGGCUACCUUGCUUCAGAGCACAUUGGGUGUUAGACUACCAAUAGUUCACUGUUACUUUUGUUGUACCAACUAUAGCAAUUCCUCUUUAACCGCAAUGGGAGUGUGAGUACGAAACAGCUAAGAACCAGUAUGGACCAAAUCUAAAUUUAACUCAACUUGUGUUGCCGGAAAUAGGAAGUGAAAAACACCGUGAAAUGUGGAUGUUACGGAUACGUGAAAUACAAGGAGCUAUAGUUGUGGCCUCGCUGUUCCAAGUGCUGACAGGAGUAAGUGGUAUACUAACGUACAUGUUGAAGUAUAUAGGCCCUCUUUGCAUUGUGCCAAUCAUAACAUUAACAGGUAUUUCACUUUUUCCCGCCGGGUCCAAGAUGGCGUCUGGCCAUUGGUGGAUUGCCUUACUUACAAUGUUCCUCAUUACUAUAUUUAGCCAAUAUAUGAAACGAGUUUAAAUCCCCUGUUUCUGCAUAAAAGAUAAAAUUGCAUUUUUCUCGCUGUUCCCGGUUUUGUUUGGAGUUAUGACGUCGUUUAUAGUGUGUAUAAUUUUGACGACAACAGAUGUACUUCCGGCUGAUAAAACCAAAUUGGGUUAUAUGGCACGAACUGACACAAGUAUUCAUGUACUUACUGAAGCUAAAUGGUUUCGUUUUCCUUAUCCCGGGCAGUGGGUUGUACCAAAAGUCAGCAUGGUUGGUGUAUUUGGAAUGCUCGCUGGCGUAAUAGCUGCCAUGAUCGAAUCCAUUGGUGAUUAUCACGCAUGCGCAAGACUUGCAGGUGCUCCUCCUCCGCCAUUACAUGUUGUGAUCAGAUGAGUUUUCACAGAAGGUGUUGCAUGCGUUCUUGCAGGGAUUUGGGGAUCUUGAAACGGAACUACCUCUUAUGCUGAAAACAUAGGCGUAAUUGGUAUAACAAAAGUAGGCAGUAGACGUGUAGUCCAAAUCGGCGGGCUUAUGAUGCUUGUCCUUGGUUGUUUUGGAAAGUUUUCGGCACUGUAUACUUUAAUUCCAACACCUGUAAUCGUGGGAAUAUUUAUGAUUACUUUCGGUAUGGUGACGGCUGUAGGGUUAUCAAAUCUACAGUAUAUUGAUCUUAACUCACCACGAAACCUAUUUAUUCUAGGAGUUUCUUUAUUCUUCGGUCUUAGUCUUCCAAUGUGGAUUACAGAGCAUGACGUCAUCGAUACCGGAAAUGACAUCAUAGAUCAAGUAUUAUCCGUUCUCUUGAGUACCAGUAUGUUUGUUGUUUGUGUCCUGGAACUGACGAGGAAAAGGGAAUUAACUCGUGGAGACAAACGUCGUCUUCGGUAAAGUCCGGCUCGUCACAAUCAAAUUAUGAUCUGUAUAAUUUCCCUUAUAUUCAUUCUUAUCUGGACAAAAUUAAACUAUUUAACUAUAUCCCGGUGUGUCCAAGGUUUUUAGUCAAACCUGUAAUCGUGAAAAGCUUUUCAAACGAAGAUAUGGAGUAAAAUAAGCUAUGGAGUUAGUUCUUUGUAACGUGCUUGUUUUUCCUCUUUUUUGUAAUGGUACAUGUUUUGUUUUGUAGAUUGCAAGUUUUGUUAUUAUACGGUGUAACCAUAUAGGCGGUGUAAAUGGGAGCACAUAUAAUGUAUUCACGAAGCAUACUUAUGAAUCUCUGUUCAUGGUUAAUAAAAGUGCGUAUACACCCUUGUAUAGCUAAUACCAUAGAGGUAUUAUGAAAACUGUGUAAUAGUGUCAUCUUAUUGUUGUUAUGAAUACUAAAUGUGGAAAUUGACUUUUAUUUAUAAUUUUUGGCAGCUGUAUUCUGAAUACAUUCAGUAGAGUUUAAUAAAAUGCAACCUUGACAAAUGCCUGUUUAGAUCUGCACAGUAGUAUAUACAUGCAGUUAUGCAUGCUUUUAUUAUGGUCAUUACACAAUAACUCGAAAAUACACAAAAGAACGUUAUUGAGUAUAGACAAUUUGUAUAAAAAAUGCAAAUGCUUGCAUCAUAAAAGGUAAUGGUGAUAUUUUUCUUUAUAACUCAAUAAACAUUGAAUGAUAAAUACGAGGGCUGUUCAAUAAAUACGCGGAAAAGUGUCGCUAUUUCCUUAUUUUCAAAGUUAGCUGAAUAAAACUUAUACCGUAAUAGAGACAAACAUAUUUUGAAAAUAUACAGCAAAUAUUGCCGGUCUGGCAUGAAUCAUAUGUAAACAAACGGUCGUUAUGGUAACCACAUGUAGCGAUUAC